AUGCUGGGUUUCUCGAUAGUGUUCGACUCAGUGAAAGCUCCGGGUCUAGGAUUAGGGGCACGAUACAUUUUCACCAUGGGAUUGGGCCGUCUUUUAAGAGCUAUAACCUUCGUAUCUACUAUCUUACCUUCAGCUAGACCUUGGUGCGCUUCAGCCCGAUUCAACAACGUCCCUUCUCAUCCUCAUCGUUGGGCUCAGAAGUAUUAUGUCCCUUAUGCUAAAGACCCUUCUUCUAUUCGCCAGCUCCUCCACUGGGAUGCAGCUUACGGUAGCAUCUCGUCUCAGCUCACUACUCUACUUAAGCUGUUUGCUUUUGCUGAUCCUGGAAACUACAUUGGUGACUACAGAGCUGACUGGGGUCCAAUGAGCUUCCUCAGCAGCUUCUUGAGACCGAGUUACUCUGAAGGGUCUUCGUGGUUUGCUUUACUAAAGAAAGCGGGAGGUGGUUGUAAUGACCUCUUGUACAGCGGCCACAUGCUUGUAGCUGUCCUAACCGCUAUGGCUUGGACGGAGGCUUAUGGAGGUUUCUCUUCGGCGUUGAUAUGGUUGCUAGUGGCACACAGCACACAGCGCACAGAGGGAAAUGUUAGAGCAAGAUGA